UGUGUUUGAAAGUGUGGCCAAGAAGUAUGAUGUAAUGAAUGAUAUGAUGAGUCUUGGUAUCCAUCGUAUUUGGAAGGAUUUGCUGCUCUGCAAGAUGCGCCCGUUUCCUGGAACCCAGCUGCUCGAUGUUGCUGGAGGCACAGAGCAAUAGAGCCAGACAGCACAAAUGGGGUGGAGGUGGCAGAGGGAGAGAGAGAAGCACACUCCCCACUGAGCAGGGAGCCACAUGCGGGGACCCAGGACCCCAGGAUCAUGACCUGAGCUGAAGGCAGAUGCUUAACUGACUGAGCGACCCAGGCUCCCCUAGACAACCUUUUAUGCCUAAUCCACUAUCAUAUCAGAAUUCAAAAGCUCAGUUUAUGCAUGGUCCUUUGCACACUAGAUAUUUAGGAAGAAAAAUGUCAUGGGUUUCUAAAAUGCAUUUUGGUGAUGUUAUUACAUGGUUAAUGUAUAUGCUAAAUCACAGAAAAAUGUGUCAUAUAAUGUAAUGAUGUGAUAAUCUAUACCAACAGAAUAAUAUAACAAAUUACAGUAGGACAAUCUCUCUGUGUGAAACACGUUUAUGUUUGGCUUUGCUGGUGUGGUCCUCUCCCCAGUGGAAGCUCAGAAGGUAGUAAGAUACCUUGCUCAGGUCGGGAGAGAAACCCCUGCCGCCACCAACAUGGAGACCUUGUACCGUGUACCGUUCUUAGUGCUCGAAUGCCCCAACCUGAAGCUGAAGAAGCCGCCCUGGGUGCACAUGCCGUCGGCCAUGACGGUGUACGCUCUGGUGGUGGUGUCUUACCUCAUCACCGGAGGAAUAAUUUAUGAUGUUAUUGUUGAACCUCCAAGUGUUGGUUCUAUGACUGAUGAACAUGGACAUCAGAGACCAGUAGCUUUCUUGGCCUACAGAGUAAAUGGACAAUAUAUUAUGGAAGGACUUGCAUCCAGCUUCCUGUUUACAAUGGGAGGUUUAGGCUUCAUAAUCCUGGACCGAUCGAAUGCACCAAACAUUCCAAAGCUCAAUAGAUUUCUUCUAUUCAUUGGAUUCGUCUGUGUCCUAUUGAGUUUUUUCAUGGCUAGAGUAUUCAUGAGAAUGAAACUGCCGGGCUACCUGAUGGGUUAAAAAAUGCCUUUUGACAAGAAAUCCGUGGAUAUUGGAUUUGCUCCUGUUAAUGAAGCUUUAAGGCUGUACCAAUCCUCUGAUGUGAAAUAUGGAAAAAGAGUGAAGCAGCAGAAAAGAAGCAUCUCGUGAGAAAUAGGAAUCAUAUUAAAGCUUGAACUAGAAUGUCUUCUUGGUAUCAAAGAGACAAAUUUCUCACAGUAUUUCUCCUGCUGGCUUGUACUGAUACACCAAUGAUGUUUAGUGGCAUUUUCUUCUUAGUUUUUCAUUUCUUAAAGAAAAUAUACUCCCAUCUCCACAACUAUAAUAUUGAAUACAGUGAUUAUUUCUUACAGCCCCCUUAACAUUUUGUGGAGAUGACAUUUCUGACUUUCAAAAAUUAAUGUAAAAUCAGGAAGCGAGAUCCCAUAAGCUGAGAACUCUGAUCAGCUUUACCUAUGGUGCUUUGCCUUUAAACAGUGUGACAGUACAUUAUUCAGAUAUGUGUGAGACUGUUUCUGCACAAUAAGAUGUAUGAAAGGAGCAGAAAUAAAUAAUUUUUCUAAUUAAAAAAAAAAAAAAAA